AUGAUUCAUAUAAAUGAGUCGUUAGCUGUUUCAGAUGUUGGCUCGGAGUAUGUGAGAAAGUUGCACUACAUCGGACAGAAGAUGAAGAAUGUUGCCACUACGAAAAUUUGGUUCGGCGGCAAAACGUGCUCAUUCAUUAUUAGAUUCGUUCAACUAGCUGAUACCACGAUUCCAAAGAAAUGCUCUUGCAAAAUUUUUAUUAUUUCUCCAAUAUUAAGGUUAAAAGUACGCGAUUUGCUACAUGAAGUCGGGAGUAAGUGUGGUGUAGAGCCGUCAGUUAUCGACAACAUUGAUUUGGACAACGUCAUUGAACAAGCAAUCGCCAAAAAUGUCGGUUAA